CGAGGAGCGCUUCUUACUCAGGUGAUGUUAAACGGCGGGUUAAUUAGCUUUUGUCCCUCCCCCUGAAAAUGGGAACACCUCCCCAGACAACACGCACUGUCCUCGUCUUCAGAGCUCGGUGACAACCAAAAUAUCCACUUCAGAAAUAUAUUGGCUGGGAACUCCGAGUAAGAAGCAUUUCUGCAGAGCGAGCGAGAGCGAGAGUCACUGCUACUCAGAGAAGCUUCAGAGCACUGCAGGAAGCACACAGAGGAUUUGCAAGGCUGUUUCGUGGAGAUUCUUGUGGAAGUGUUCGACUUGAGGAUGGAUACUCCUUCCCAGAAGCGCACUGCUCGCAGCGGGGGCAUGCCGCUCUCCCCGGCCCGCAUCACCCGGCUGCAGGAGAAAGAGGACCUGUGUGAACUCAACGACCGUCUGGCCGUGUACAUCGACAAGGUGCGCUCGCUGGAGAGCGAGAACGCGGGGCUGAGGCUGCGCGUCUCCGAGUCUGAGAGCAUCGUCAGCAGGGAGGUGUCGGGCAUCAAGCUGGCCUACGAGACGGAGCUGGCGGACGCGCGCAAGACCCUCGACUCAGUCGCCAAGGAGCGCGCACGUCUGCAGCUGGAGCUGGCCAAGGUCCGAGAGGAGCACAAGGAGCUGAAAGCCAGGAACACCAAGAAGGAGGCUGACCUGGCCGGGGCGCUGGCUCGGCUCAAGGACCUGGAGUCGCUGCUGAACUCCAAGGAAGCCUCUCUGGCCACGGCACUGGGGGAGAAGCGCACGCUGGAGGCGGAGCUCCGGGAGCUCAAAGCUCAGCUGGCCAAGCUGGAGGGAGGUCUGAGCGACGCUAAGAAGCAGCUGCAGGAUGAGAUGCUGAGGAGAGUGGAUGCAGAGAACCGCCUGCAGACCCUGAAAGAGGAGCUGGAGUUCCAGAGAAACAUCUACAAUGAGGAGCUGCGGGAGACGAAGCACCGGCACGAGUCCCGGCUAGUUGAGAUUGAUAGCGGGCGGCAGAUGGAGCUGGAGAGCAAGCUGGCCGAUGCUCUGACUGACCUGCGAGCUCAACAUGAGGAGCAGCUGAAACUGUACAAGGAGGAGGUGGAGAAGACCUACAAUGCAAAGCUGCAGAAUGCUCGUCAGUCCGCGGACAGGAACAGUCAGCUGGUGGGCUCGGCUCAUGAGGAGAUGCAGCAGACCCGUGUGAGGAUGGAGUCCAUGUCUGCUCAGCUCAGCCAGAUCCAGAAGCAGCUGGCUGCUAGCGAGGCGAGGGUGCGGGAGCUGGAGGAGGCGCUGGCUCGGGAGAAGGACACCACCCGCAGGCUGCUUUCCAAUAAGGAGCGGGAGAUGGCAGAGAUGAGACAGCGCAUGCAGCAGCAGCUCGAUGAGUACCAGGAGCUGCUGGAUGUCAAGUUGGCCCUGGACAUGGAGAUCAGCGCCUACCGCAAGAUGCUGGAGGGAGAGGAGGAGAGGCUGCGUCUCUCCCCGAGCCCCCCUCCUCGUGGCUCUGUGUCCCACAGUGCUCGCACGGUGCACUCCAGCGCUCAGAGCUCCUCCGCCUACAAGAAGAGGAAGCUGAACGACACGGACAGUGAGGCCUCCAGCACUGUAGGGGGCGCUGCGCCCGGCCUGCGCAUCUCCCAGAAGGCCAAAGCCAGCGGGCGGGUCACUGUGGACGAGGUUGACAUGGAGGGCAAGUUUGUGCGCCUGUCCAACAAAUCAGACGAGGACCAGCUGCUGGGUAACUGGCAGGUGAAGCGCCAAGUUGGCACCAAGUCCUCCAUCGCUUACAAGUUCCCUCCGAAAUUCACCCUGAAGGCUGGGAAGAGUGUCACGAUUUGGGCCUCUGGUGCCGGUGCCACCCACAGCCCCCCCUCGGACCUGGUGUGGAAGAGUCAGAGCUCGUGGGGCAUUGGAGACAACGUGCAGACCUCUCUGAUCAGCGCCAAUGGAGAGGAGAUGGCGUCUCGGACCGUGGUACGGGUUCUCUUCGAGGAGGAGGACGAUGAAGACAUGGUGCGCAGGGAUGUGCAUCACCACCAGGCUGCUCACAGCACCAGUGCGUCCGGGGAGCAGUGUGACGCCGAGUAUAACCUGCGCAGCCGGACGGUGCUAUGCGGCUCCUGUGGUCAGCCCUCGGACAAGAGCAGCAGCGCGGGCGGCUCGGCCGUGUCGGGGAGCUCCGGCGUGACGGUCACUCGCACCUACCGCAGCAGUGGAGGGGGUGGCCUGGCCGAGGGGCUGGUCAGCAGAGCCUACGUGCUGGGGAGCAACCAGCCGCGAGGACAGGCUGGCCUGAACGCUGAGAACUGCUCCAUCAUGUAGAUCGAAGCCGCCUGGACCCACGAAAACACGACAACAGGCGACCACCAAAAACACUUUGAUUUUGUACUUCAUCAUUUCUUUUGUAUUCCUCUUUUUAUAUAUAUAUAUAUCGAUCAAAGCAAACCGUAUUCUACAGUAGAACAUGUGUAAUUCUAGGAGUACUGGCAGGACAUAGCAGGGCAGUAGAUUGUAUAGCAGCUGCUGUGCUGAGCAGGAUGCUGCAGGGGAUAGGCUGACAGGGUGUGUAACAGGGUAGGACAUACAACAUGCCAAAGAGAUGACAUAACCAGAUUGUUUUAAAAAAGAAAAAAAAAAAACAUGAUAUAUUUCUUUCUUUGCAUAUAUAUUUCUCUCUAUUUGUGUAAUAGCAUCACAUGUCUGUGCUGUAUAUUAAUCAAACAUUCUGCAUUAGAUUUCAAAUGCAAUGAUUGGGGUCGGAGAUAAAAAUUAACACCAGUGUAGAUGAGUCUUUCUAGUGCAUCUCUGUCUGCAGAACAGGCUCCUGUUUAGUGAUUUUAAAGGACUGGGCAGAGAUCAGUUGAGUGACCUUCGCACCAGGAGAAUCGGCCACGCUUCGGAGCUCAAACUGGGGAAUGGGCCCCUGAGCUGAGAUUUUUGAUUUUUAGUUAUACAGAAAGUUGGGGCUUGAUGGAGUAGCUUGUGCUUUAUAAAUUAGUUAUUAGUAAGUAGUUGGGGGGCUAGAUUUGGUGAACUAGGACUAUGCAUCUGCUACCACAGCCAGUGUAGGAGCUGAGAGUUACGGUGAAACUUUUGAUGCCAAAGCAUGUCUGAAAUAUUUCUCUGAGAUUGGAAAGAAAACAAAGGAAAGAAGAAAAAAGUGCUUUUCUGUAAUGUCAGGAAUUCUGUCUGGCAGUAACGGAUUGGGAAUGGACUUUGAUAAAACAGUCAUUAAGUUUAGAAAUGAAUUGAACAAUGUCUGCAUUUCUUGUUAAAAAGUGGCAGCUAUAUUCUUGGAUCGAUUUGAUGAAAUUGAUCUGAUAUUUUUUCAUAUAGAAAAAGUGCGUCAGUUUAUCACUCAUGUAAUUGUGUGAAAUAUAGAGAGAGCACUGUAAAUGUUUGCAUGUAAAACUGUGGAGAUAGUGUUCUUAGUGCUGCUUGAAGCCACAGAUAAAGUGUACUUUGUUCAUAUCUGAAAUUCCUUUGACUUAAUAUGGGUCAAAAGAUAAGUUUCAGUUUGCCUCAAAGCUGCCUAGCAAAGUAACUCUAGGUCCCCCUGUACUGGCAUUGAACGGUAACCACAGUAACUACAACCAGAUGCAAUGAGCUAUGCAGACCACCCCCACCUGCUGGACAAUCGGCGCAUUACAGCUCCCUAUUGUCAAGCAAUACACUGCAAUCUCCACUGUACCUACUGCACUGCUGUGAGAUAAUCAACACCACUACCUGUGAAUGAGCGAACACCACUGGCCUCCUGCUGACUGACUGCAUUGAACAGGCAUAUAAACUAACACGUGAAUCCUUAUUCAUCAAUUAACAAAGGCAAUCGGAAACAUUGGGUUGUACUCAAUAAUAAUGAAAAGGUAAAUCAAGGAAUAGUACAGUAUUGAGCAGGAGGAAUAUUACGGAUAGGUUUCCCUGAUAAUCUGCUUGUUGAUUCCCUAUUGAUAUUAGUAAUCAGAAUAUUUUAGUGAUGCGAUUUAAAUGCCUUAGCUGACAUCCAAGUACUGUAAAUCUAGGUCAGAGGGUUGUGUUAACUACCUGAACUUCAAAUGCAAUCAAGUGUUUUUGACUAACCUAUAGAAUGUUUCACAGUCAUAGUGUUCUGAAAACAUUCCACAGCCUCCUUCUGUAACUUCAAGCAGUCCACCAGUGCCAGUCCCCUCCAGUUGCUAAAGGGACACAAGGAAUGGGCCCUUUUGUAACUGGUGGUUUACAGUAACGAAUGAUAGCUGAUGUGCAGAGCUGACAUUACAAGCACACUGGGGUUCAGAGUUAGCGAUGCUUCUGGACCCGAUUGAACCCCCAACCUCAUUCCCGCUCCAGACUGGCUAGAUAGAAGAUUUGGGAAUCGAUUCCUCAAACAGGUAGCUUCAAUCUUAUUCGACUGUGCUUUUAUAAGCUAGGAUAGAUACAUAUCUACAUAGAUAGCUGAUGCAAUAAUAAUCUUGCUUUGAUGUGAUGCUCUGACCAGGUUUCUGUGACACCACCUGUUCUGUCGUUUAGUGUGCCAUAAUGUGCUACACUAAUAACUCACUCUGUGGGGAGAAAACAAAAAGGAUUGCAUUUCUUAUUUGUUUUAUGUUUAAGCUAAUACGGUGACAUUAUUAAAAGUAAACCGGGAAUGCAUUUCUGAAAUUCGUUUUGUUCGAUGUGUAUUUUUAUUUUUUUCUGUAAGCCAGUCAAAUCCUCACUCUUGAGACGCUCACUUACUUAAUGCACUCACUGUGAUGCACAGAACUAGGGGCCAUUACACAAUAUCCAUUGUGAUACAAAGUCGUGCUAGGUCUACACUGCAGUCCUAUUGCAUUACCACAGCGAUGCUCCAGAACAGUGUUAUUACCCGUGUACUGGCUGCAUGCACACUGAACUCGAGAGGCUGGAGUACUAGAGCAGCAGCAGCUGACUCAUGCAGCUCUAUUCAGCGCCAAACAUUUCAAUUGUAAAGCCAUAGUGCAGGUACUUGCUAAGUACCACUUUGCUGAAAGUCAGUGAUAUUUUUUUACCCAUUAUUGGGUACCAUAAACACUGCUGUUUCGUGGGAUUUAGUACCUUAAAAUACACGAACCUAAGUACAAGAUGACUUGCCCUGAUGGCUUCAGAUGACAGCAAGUGUACUGUAAUAAUAACGUUUACAGAUUCCUUUCGAAAGGAAAAGCAAAGUGCUUUAAAGAUGCAUGAAUGUAAUACUUUCUUUUUUUCCAGGGGUGUAGAAUAUAAAUUUACUGACAGUUUUACUUGAGUCUGGCAUUCGUUAUAUAGGACUCGAAAAGCACUCUGUUAUUACAGAGCUGUUUGUUCUAAAGUGUAUGAUGGUCCUAUUCUUUUAAAUAAUAUUUCUGUACUAAUAGGAACUUUAAAGAAAUGCUUCAUUGUAUAUUAUGUAUGCAUAAUUUAGGUUUAAGGGUAAUUAAGUGGAUUUUAAGUGCUUAAUCAAAUCUAUUAAAUAUAACUUGCACAAAAUUGCAUAGUAAUUGAUAGAACUCAGUGGUGUUGCCAGCAUUUUGUUUCUUACUGUAAACCAAAAUAUAUAUAUCUGUUACCAAAAAAAUGAAUAAAGUAAAACCUUUUGUUUUUCA